AUGGGUAGUGGCGCGUCUAGGCCAACCCCUCGGAAAAGGAAGGCCAAGAAAGGGCCCCUACCUUCUCCUCAGCCACCCAAACCGCUGGACCCGCGGCUAAAACUGGACGCCAAGGAGAAGUUCUUUCUUGAGAAAUCUUGGAAGACGGUAGCGAGGAAUGAGGAUGUUGCGGCGAUGGCUAUGUUUAUCAACCUUUUUCGAUCCAGCCCAGAGAUCAAAGACAAGUGGCCGCAGCUGAGGAAGUUAUCUGAGGAUGAAAUGCGGGACAGCCCGUAUCUACAGAAGCUAUCGGUGCGGAUACUGGGUGCUAUGGACCACGUCAUAGGACCGUACGGUAAACAGACGAUCACCACUCCACCUUCUGACAUACACGUCCACUUCAGUUGA